GGAGGGAGUAAGGGAAGGGAAGGAGAGAAAGAGAGAGGAGAGAGGGAGAGAGAGGGAGGAGGGAGAGAAGGGAGAGGCAGAGAGGGCGAGCGAGAGGGAACCAGAGGCGAGCCGGGCGGGCCGGCUGGCCGGCAGGGCGGGGUGGGAGGGCGGGCGGCAGGUGGGCUCGGGCCUCCGCCGGGCGGGCGGGCAGGCACAGGUGAGCCCCGGGGCCCUGCCCAGCACCGCCCUCGGGCCCACGUGGCCCCCUCCGGGGCCCUCGCCGAGCUACCAGGUGAGCGGUCGGCCAGACAAUGCCACAGGUGCCAAGGGAUCGGCCCACACGCUCUACCUAGAAGUCAAGAAGGUUGAGAAUGAACUUGGACCUUUCCUCAUAAUGGUGGUGGAAUGACUCCUUGGGACCUGGCCCUGGACCGAAUGCUCAGGUUGACUCAAGCUAACCUUGGCCAAAAGCUCAGUGCUUGUUGGAAGGGGAAGGCAUCCCAGAAAAAUGUUCCUGACUCAGCUGCAGCCAGACCAAUAGGUGGGGCUCCUGACCAGAUCCAGGGACCGUGGGAGGAGUGUCUCAAUGGAUGCAGCUUCCUGACAAGGUUGAUCUGUCUCGGUUACCUGAGAAGCAGUUCUCUCACCUUAAUCCCCAUCCAAGAUACAGGUACUUACUGCUACACCCAAGUCCAUUCCUAUGCAGGCUAGAACCGACCCGGAGGACCUCAGGGAAGCGAGGGCUGAUGGAGCCGGUGGCUCUCAGGCACCUCUGCUCCUGCCAGGACACCCAGCUUCCUGUCUUCUCCCCAGGCCUCCGGGGCCAGUGUACCUCCACUUAGCCAGCAAGCACAAAAUGUUCCUGGAUGAGGAGCCACUGGCAAAGCGGAGAAGGUUCCAGAAACCAGUGAUGGCCUCCGACUCCUACAAGAAGGCCGAGCUGGCUGCCCUCCGCCAAGAGAUGGAGAGCAGCAGAGGCGAACCUGAUCUUGAGAGAAGCCUCCUCCCAGAGGCAGGCCAGAGCAGCAGUGAGGCUUGGGUGGCACCUGCUGGAGAGCAAGGCCCAGGCCAAGGAGCCCUGGUGAGCGCUCGAGAGGAUGCGGCACCUGGGAGGCGCCCUGAGGAGCUCGGAAGUCAGCGGCCAUCCCUGAUGGCUGAUACUGCCAGUAAAGGUUGGCCACCCGCGAGCCGAAGCUCUGCGGGGGCAGAGCAGGGCAGAGCGCCACCCCAGGAAGCGGCCAAAGGCCCUUUUGUGGCUGUGGUUGGGAUCACUGAAGCCGUCAUGGACGGUGGGGCUCCCAUCCAGCUGAUUCCAUUCGGGCGAGAGGAGAGAGCUGAGCAUAGACGGGGGGCAGAAGACCGGAGCCAAAUCCGUGCCAUGCCCAGCACCGAGAAGGGAGAAGUUGGGGAGAAUGGAGCUUUGAGUCAGCCCAGGGCCAAGGACCAGAAGACUGAGAGACGACUGGAAAGCAUCUUAUCAGAAAGGGAUGUGCUACAGCAGAAGGUUCAGGAGCUGGAAGAGGAGAAGAGCCAUUGGCAGACCGAGUUUGAGAGAACCCAACAUGAACUGAUGACCCUCCGGGCCCGCGAGAACGAGAGCUUAUACUGGAGCAAGAAGCACAUGGGUUACCGCCAGGCGGAGCUCCAGGUGCUAAAAUCUGAGCUGGAGAGAUCUCUGGAGGAGAAGACGGAGCUGAAGGAGCGGCUCAAGGCCACCGAGAUGCGUGUGGAAGUUCUGCGCGAGGCCCAAGGCUCCUUCCAGAGCCUGGAGGGAGAAGACAAGAGCACCCUGGAGAAGCUCAAAAGCCUCCGAGUGAAUGUCAGUCGGCUGCUGGCCUCCAUCCUUCCUCACCUGGAGCUGGAAGAGGUCAACUUUGAGUCCGACCAGGUGGAUGAGAUCCUGCAGACUGUCUUGGAGACCAACCACAUCCUGGAGUGAUCCAUCCAUGAUGCCUCUCGCCUUUAACUGGAAGGAUUCGCUCCCCUUCCCCACAUUGGCUGCCUUCUUGCCUUAUGUGUACAGAAUCAGUUAAUAAAUGAUGGCUGUUAA